AUGCGAGCUAGUGGAAGAGUGGAGCAACUAUUAGUUCAAUGGCAAGGUCUUCCUUUGGAAGACGCAUCCUGGGAAAAUACAAUAGAAAUGGAAGCUGUUUAUGGGCUGAUUCCUUCCAACCUUGAGGGCAAGGUUGUGCCAGAUGGUGAGGGACAUGUUAGGAAGGUGGAUUCAAAGGAAAUCAGAAAAUCCAAGAGGGAUAAGAUGAACACUACUUUUGCACUGGCUUUUUAUGCUGUUUGUAUAAUUGCAGUAAGGCCUAUGUGGUCUAAAGAUCACUAUGAAAUGAGGGAAUAUAAUGCUGAUGUGUCAAAAGAUGAAGAUGAUUUCUCUAUUCUCGCAAAAAGGAGGUGUUUCCAAUAUGGUUUAGUAGGCUUUGAAUUACCGUGUUUUAUCUCUUGCUUGCAUGAGUUGAUUCUGCAACAUUGUUCCGUGUUGAGAUCUGGACGUGUUCAAGCUGUUGCUACCGAAACAAGAAUAUAUGUGUCUGUGGCAUUGGUCAUAACACUUCCAAAUAUGGCUUCUAUGCGUAAGCGUUUUCCGAGUGAUGCAAUGAAUAAAAAGUAUACAGUAGAUAAGACGUUUAGAGAUAGCAAAUAUGGUCUGAUUCGCAAUGGUGUUGAGAGAGACACAGGUCGGUUAGUGGCUUUUAAAUUUAUUGAGAAAUCCAAUGAACUUGAAGAACUCCCAAACUUAGAAUCCCCAAGCUUGAUCACACGUGAAACCUCUAAAAUCAUGGGGUUGAACCAUCCGAAUGUCACCAGGUGUCUGAGAACAGAAACUGAUGAUACUUUUUUGUAUCUUGUUUUCGAGAACCUACCGUGGGAUUUGGAUGAUUUUGGAAGAGGGCAGGCGAAGAUUGAGAAUCAAGUCUCCAUAAAGCAUAUUCUUCAAGGGAUUCUUCAUGGUAUAGAAUAUUUGCGGUCUCAAAAUUGUGUCCAUGAAGAUUUGAGACCUGAAUUUGUGCUGUUUGAUCCUGAUAGUAAGAGGGUAAAGGUUGCUUACUUUGGAGAGCCCAAGAGUAUGGACGAUCUUGUGAAUGACUGGUGUCUGGAUAACCCGGGAGAAGCUUUGAAGGCCGCCAGUCUUUAUUACCAGGCACCUGAAAUACUUUUUAAGGGAAGCUCUAAGGUAGUUGAUAUGUGGGCUGUGGGCUGUAUCUUUGGUGAGAUGCUAACUGGGCGGCCCCUGUUUCCUUCUAAUACUUGGUUACAUAUCCUUGCGAAUAUUUUCAGGGUCUUGGGCGAACCAAAGCCAGAAGUAAAUGGCAAAAUUGAAAUUACUAUUGAUGGUCUUUUAACCCUUUCAAAAAAUUUUGAUUAUAAGGACUUGGCAAAAGAGUUUCCAAGUCUCGAACCUGCUGGAGUUGACCUUAUCUCAAGAAUGCUAUGCUUGGAUCCAGACCAAAGGAUAACUCCUCGGGAAGCACUUGAGCAUGAAUAUUUUAAAGAUCUUUAG